AUGGAAUUCCUAGAGGAAGCAGCAGCAACUUCAUCCAUUGCUAACUUAUCCAAUGAUUCAGAAUCAUUGUUGCCAGUUCUUCCCCUUGAGAUAAUACAUGAAAUACUACUAAUUUUACCUGUGAAGGCCUUGCUGAAAAUGAGGUGUGUUUCUAAAUCUUGGCUUUAUCUAAUAUCAAGUCCUCAAUUCAUCAAAACCAAUCUAAAAUUUUCAGCCAAGAAACAGGAUUUAAGGCUUCUUUUUAGCGGAUCUCCUGAGAAUAAUAGCCCCAGGUGUUACACUUGGUCGCUUUACGCUAUUAUGUAUCAAGAAUCUCUCCAUCAGCCUGUUGAGCUUGAUUUGUCUUGCAAAGAUUACCACAUGGUGGAGGGGUCAUGUGAUGGGUUAUUCUGUCUUUCUGUUGGUCGAACUAUAUCUAUGGAAUCCGUCUAUAAGAAAGUUGAAAAGAUUGGCAUGAACACUUUAAAGCAUUCUGAGAUUCAAAUCCAUGAUGAUUCUAGAGUUCAGUUUAAUCUGUACAUUGAAAAUCUUGUUUUGCCAAAUUUUGUGGAGGAAGUUUGA